AUGGGUUCGCGGAGUGAUGACCGCGCGGGGGCGAACGCCGUCGGAUUAAUGUGCCAGUAUGAAAGUGUGCGGACGGAGAAGUCGACCGUCGGGCCGCCUGAGAGCGCGCUGGGCUGUCGCUUCGUAGUAUCGCGGAGUGAUGCCGUAAAGGCUCGAUUAUCGGGAUGGAGGACUGCCGACGAGCUCAACGAGGCUUGUUUGACAGACGGUAAGGCCAGGUGGGAGACCCGGAGGCUUGCGCUGGAGAUAUACAAGGUCGCAGGGAUGCUGUAUUAG